UCAGCUGCAGCUUGCAUAACCGCGGAGGGUUGGCCCCCAGUCGGCUGUGUUCGCCAACGCUAUGAGUUCCUUCGUGGGCCAGAUGGCGGAGUACCCAACUAUCUCCAUAGACCGUUUCGACCGGGAGAAUCUGAGGGCUCGCGCUUAUUUCCUGUCCCACUGCCACAAGGUCAUUCCUGGAAGAUGGUGUUUGUACCUCAGAGGCUCUCUGGUGUCUCUGAACUCAUUGGGGAUGGCGAACGGGAUUAAAGAAUGGCUUCUUGGGAGUUCCCAUUGUGGCGCAGUGGAAAUGAACCCGACUAGGAACCAUGAGGUGGCAGAUCACAUGAAAGGAUUAAGAGCCUCUACCUUGAAAAGAAGGUUGGAGUGCAGCUUGAAGGUCUCCUUAUACUGUUCACCUGUUACUAGAGAAUUGUUGUUAACCAACCCGAGGUACAGAUUUUGGGAGAAACGAAUUGUGUCAAUUGAAAUUGAAACUCCUACCCAGAUAUCUUUAAUUGAUGAAGCGUCAGGCGAGAAGGAAGAAAUUGUUGUGACUCUCUUACCAGCUGGUCAUUGCCCAGGAUCAGUUAUGUUCUUAUUUCAGGGCAACAAUGGAACUGUCUUGUACACAGGAGACUUCCGAUUGGCAAAAGGAGAAGCUGCCAGAAUGGAGCUUCUGCACUCGGGGGGCAGUGUGAAAGACAUCCAGAGUGUGUACUUAGACACCACUUUCUGCCAUCCAAAGUAUUACCAAAUUCCCAGUCGGGAGGAGUGUCUGAGAGGGAUCUUGGAGCUGGUCCGCAGCUGGAUCACACGGAGCCCCUACCACGUGGUGUGGCUGAACUGCAAAGCGGCCUAUGGGUACGAGUACCUGUUCACCAACCUCAGCGAGGAGUUCGGAGUCCAGGUUCACGUGAAUAAACUGGACAUGUUUCGAAACAUGCCUGACAUCCUUCAUCAUCUCACAACAGACCGUGGCACUCAGAUCCAUGCCUGUCGGCAUCCAAAGGCAGAGGAAUAUUUUCAUUGGAGUAAGUUACCCUGUGGAAUAACAUCCAAAAAUAGAAUUCCACUCCACAUAAUCAGCAUUAAGCCCUCCACUAUGUGGUUUGGAGAAAGAACUAGAAAAACCAAUGUUAUUGUGAGGACUGGAGAGAGUUCGUACAGAGCCUGCUUUUCUUUUCACUCCUCCUACAGUGAGAUUAAAGAUUUCUUGAGCUACGUUAGUCCUGUGAAUGUAUAUCCAAAUGUCAUUCCACUGGGCACAACUCUGGAGAAAGUUAAAGAAAUCUUAAAGCCUUUAUGCCGAUCUUCACAAAAUAUUGAGCCAAAGUAUAAACCACUUGGAAAAUUGAAGAGAGCUAGAAUAAUCCAUCUAGACUCAGAGGAGGAGGAGGACGAUGACGAGCUCUUUGAUGAUCCUCUGCCAGUACCUUUAAGGCACAAGGUUCCAAAUCAGCAGACUCUUCACUCUGAGGUCCUUCCCAUGACUGCUCUACCACAAGACCAGCCUGAAAAACAGACAGAAAGCACAGGAUGCUUCAAAGCAGAGAGUAUGCCAACAUGUCUCUGGGCAAACUUCGUAGAUUGUGAAGAAUCCAACAGUGAAAGUGAAGAAUCAGAAAUCACAGCUCCAGCUCAAGGAGACACGAGUCCUGUCCCCCAUCACCAGCAGAAGGCUGAAGGGGAAGUACCACAGUGGGAAGUGUUCUUUAAAAGAAAUGAUGAAAUCACAGAUGACUGUUUGGAAAACCUUCCGUCCUCCACAGAGGCGGGGGGCUCUCAGUCCCCAAAGCUUUUCAGUGACUCUGAUGGGGAAUCAACUCACAUUUCUUCCCAGACUUCUUCUCAGUCAACACACAUAUCAGAACAAGGAAGUCAAGGCUGGGACAGCCAAUCAGACACUGUUUUGUUAUCUUCCCAAGAGAGAAAAAGUGGGGAUAUCACCUCCUUGAACAAAGGUGGCUCUAGACCAGGAAUCAAAGAGAAUAUUCCCAUCCUUCAGAUGGAACAAAAUGUGUUUUGCCCGAAGGAUACUUACUCUGAUUUGAAAAGCAGAGAUCAAGAUAUAAACACACUUCCCAGUGCUAGAGAAACAACUACUCUAAGCAGUGGGAAACACAUGCCUCAGGAGAAAAGGCCGCUAAACCAUAGCAGUAACACAGAUUCACAAGGCUCCUCUGACUUUGAAAUUCCCUCCACUCCAGAAGCUGAGCUACCUCAACAAGAGCAUCUGCAAUAUUUGUACAAGAAGUUGGCAAGAGGAGAGGGUAUAGUAAUUGAAAAAAGGAAAAGCUCACGUCAUUCUAGAGCAACCACUAAAAAACCUACACAAACAGCUAAUAGUCAGAAUCCUAAUAGAUGAGUUCAAAUGGAGUACUUAAAAAUGUUCAUAUAACCUAAAAGGCAGCUCUAAAAGGGGAAACAAUAGGACCAAAAAAAUACAAAGAAAACAAGAAUGGGAGAACUCAAUACAAACAUAUCAGUAAUUACAUCAAAUGAAAAUAGGGGAAAAACCAUAAGCCAACUAUAUACUGUCUCUAGGAAACUGGCUUCAAGACUUGGGCAGGUUUACUGGUGAAAGGAUGGAAACCUUCACCACAUAAUAAACAUUAAAGAUGGAGGGGCUAUAUUACUAGUGAUAAAAGGUCCAGUUCACUGAGACAUAAACCCAAAUGAGUACGUACUGGACAACAGCCACACAUACAGAGCAAAAACAACUGAAAGGAGAAAGAUAAACUAAAGCACAAUUACAGCUGCAACAGAAUUAGUCAGGAAAUCAGCAAGGAGAUGGAAGAACUGAACAGCACUAUCAACCAUCCAGAUCUUCACAGAAGACACCAUCUAGCACAGAAUACACACUUUUCAAGUUCACAGAAUACAACAUUCACCAAGACAGACCAUAUCCUGGGUCAUAAAAACUUGGAUCUAUGGCUGUAAACCAAUGCUACAGAAGAAGGUCAGCCUCCACUCAUUUAUCUCAGGUGUUCCAUCACUUAGGAACGUUGUGUGUCUCACUCAGACGGCCCAGACCCAGGCCCUGGAAGCUGGCUGGGUCCUGUGCAUGUGUGGCUCCCUCUCCCAGGAGCACCUGUGGGAGAUCAUGCCUGGUCUCUCAGCAAAGACCUGAAGAGCCCAGAAAGGGAGAGCACCUGCAGCUGAAAAGCCUGUAAUAGAGGAGGAGGAAUUCACAGAAAAAGGAAUUCUGCCGCUCCCGACUUUACUGCUUUUCAACCUGAGGUGGGAGACCGGUCUGAAGGCAUUAGAUGCCCUCUGUGCUAAUCCAUGGUUCCCUUCGGAAGAUCAGAGCCCUCAGCCACCACUGAAGACAGGUCCACAUCCUCCACUGCUCAAGCCACCAUAGCCAAUAAGAAUACUUUGUCCAUCCCACUUCUGGGCAUCUGUCCAAAGAAAUCCAUGACUCGAAUAGACACAUGUACUCCAGUGUUCAUUGCAGCACUAUUUGCAAUAGCCAAGAUAUGGAAAAAACCUAAAUGUCCAUCAACAGGAGUGGAUAAAGAAGAUGCAGUACAUAUACACAA